GUAUUCUUUGGUUCUCGCACGACUUUUCCCUUUUGCUACCAUUAUUGCCCUUUUCCACUUGUGCGUCUCUGAACAUGCCUGCAAAACAGACCCAACUGAAUGGGGCCUACUAUGGCCCAUCCAUCCCACCGCCCACCUCCUACCAUCGACCAGGCAGCGGAGCCGGCUGCUGUGACUUUUUCUGCUGCGGACUCUUCUCCUGUAUCUUCAAUCUUCUCCUCACCAUUAUCGUUGUCGUCGGCAUCGCUGUUUUCUUGUUCUGGCUCAUCGUCCGUCCAAACGCCAUCAAAUUCCACGUCACCGGUGCCUCCCUCACUCAAUUCAACUACACCUCCAACGGCACCCUCUUCUACGAUCUGGCCCUCAACAUCACCGUCCGAAACCCCAACCGCAGGCUGGGGGUGUACUACGACAAAAUCGAAGCCUCCGCGUCGUACCAGGAUGCGUGGUUCGAUUCUCAGACGCUGACGCCAUUCUAUCAGGGCCACAAGACUACGGAUUUCUUGAACCCUGUCUUUGAGGGUCAACGCUCCUUGCUCCUUGAUUCCACCCAGACUUCGGAGCUGAACAGGGACAAGAGCUCUGGGAUUUAUAAUAUCGACGUGACUCUGCAUCUCCGAAUAAGGUUCAAGUUAGGAGCCCUGAAGACCUUCAAGUUGAAGCCCAGGGUUAAAUGCGACUUGUCAGUUCCUCUCGCUCUCGCCAGGACACCUGAUGGAAAUUCAUCCGUCGGUGAGUUUCACACCACGCGGUGCGACCUCGAUUACUGAUAAAUAUGAAACUUCCUGUUUCGCGUAAUAUCAUAAGCGGUCCCGCCCCUUCCCAUCCCAUGCCGGCGGACCCAUUCAGCUACCUUGUUGCAUAGUCUCUUUUUUCUGCUAUUUUCUGUUUGUUUUUUCAUUGGAUUUUGACAUGUGAUGGACUCGACAUUCACCAUAUACACUAUUGCUGUAUAUUUUUAAUAUAAUUUAUCAUAUUAUCAUAAUUAUUAUUAUACAUAUAUAUAUAGUUGUAUCGGAGUUUUUGCUUUUAUUAUGUUUGUCUUAUUUCUCUGUAAAUAAAGUGCUAUUUCUUUCA